CGCGCGACGCCCAAACCAACUGAACUGUUAUAAAACUGGAUAACGCUAUCCUGCACAAAUAUAAGAGUGCGAUAUUGUUGAAACACGUACUUGCGCAACCCAAUUGAGGAGGAGAUGAAUAAUAUUACAGCAAGUGAAGUGGCAGGACUUGGGGUGGGAACCUUACUCCUAUGUUGCACCAUUGCUGCGCCGAAAAUCGACUCUUUCAUCUCUAAUUCACAGAGAAGCUCUCUGGAGAUGUGCAAGACAUGCGGCGAUCUAAGGAUGAUAGCAUGUACAAAAUGUAAAGGAAUUGGAUCAGUGAAGGAAGGUGGAGCGUUAAGAUUUAACAUGAUGGAUGACUUGUAUCAGUCCCUUGGUGGAGAAUCAAAGGUGAAAACCUUUAAAUGUACUAAUUGCCAAGCUAGAGGUCAUUUUUGCUGCCCUGAUUGCUCUAAACUACCGUCUGAUUAAUUAUAUGUAGAUCUUGUUCUUAAAAAAAGGUUCUCUUCUUGUGUUCAAGCUUAAUUUGCUUGUUACUAUGUAUCUUCUGUACUCUGGACUGUAAUUCCAUAAGUAGUACAUUGUAAUUUUAAUUUUUCAUAUUAAAAAUUAAAAUAUUGUUAUUGGUAUGAAUAACAAUAUAUGUAAA